CUUUUCUCUUUCUCUUUCUUUACUUUGAGGAUGAGUGAAGAUCAAUACUUGAAGGCAACAGCUUCUACACCCAGUUAUUCUGGUUCCACGAUUCGUAGUGACCGUCUUCACAACAAAGAAAUCAUCCCUUCCGUAUCUGAAGAUACAACCUCUCAUUAUGAAAAUACAGAAUGUGAUAGUCCAGAAUUCGGCAUUGAUCGAUCUAAACAAGCUUCUAGUUUCACAGCUUUCUUUAGUGUUGUUUGUGUAGUGGCAGGUACAGGUGCCUUGGGUUUACCUUAUGCCCUUGCUCAAGGUGGUUGGAUCGGUUUAUUCAUUUUGGCACUUAGUUGGAUCCUUUCCAUCUAUACCGGUAUUCUAUUAAUUCGAUCUUUAUACUAUGAUGGUAAAAACCGUUUAUCCUCUUACCAAGAAGUAGCCACAGCUGCAUUUGGUUCGAUUGGAGGCUGGGUUGCUUUCUUUUUUACAGCCAUUACUUUAGUCGGUGUACCUGUAUUGUAUCUCCUCUUAUCCGGUUUAAACUUACAUAAUGUCGCAAAAGGUUCUUCUGCCGAAUUAACUUUUCCUAUCUGGGUCAUCAUUUGUACCUGUAUUGUGGCUAUUCCUUUCCUCUUCUUUCGUUCACUCAAAGAAAUUGGUGUACUGAGUGCCUUUGGUAUGUUAUCCACUGUCGUUGUCAUCUUGAUCGUCUUGGCCGUGGCUGUCAAGGAAGCUCCGGAUCAAUCCCACAUCCAUCACGAUCCCGUGAUUUGGAACAUGUUUCCUAUCGCACUUAGUUCGAUUUCCUUCAGUUUUGGUGGUAACCCCGUGUACGCGCAUGUGGAAGCCAGUAUGCGCAAACCCAAGGACUGGAAUAAAGUGAUUAUUGCUGGUUUGACCUUUUGUGUUGUCCUUUAUUUCUUGACAGCUGUACCUGGUUAUUACGUCUAUGGCACCACCUCACUUUCACCCAUCUAUGAUAAUUUACCGGAGGGAGGACCGAAAGCUGCGUCGAUUAUUAUUAUCACCAUUCAUUUAAUUUUGGCUACGCCCAUUCUCUUGACAUCGUUUGCGAUUGAUGUGGAAAAGAUGUUAAAGAUUAACCCAGAACACCGUUCGUUUGUGACGGAAUGGACGUUGCGUUUCUUGUUUCGUGGUUCGCUUAUUGUGGCUAUUGCGGCUAUUGCGAUCUUUGUACCGUUCUUUGGUGACUUUAUGUCCCUUUUGGGAGCUUUCUCCAAUUGUGCACUGGUGUUUAUUUUCCCGGUCGCGUUUUAUUAUAAAUUGACAGGUGUACGUGGUAAACCAUGGUACGAAUACAUCUUGGCCUUUUUAACUGUCCUUUUAGGCGUGGUCGGUUUGAUCUUUGGUACCAUCUCGGCUUGUCAAGCCCUGAAUGAUGAUUUCAAAAACAAGUCAAACUAAAAAAUAUUUUUUUUAUACCACAUUAUUUUUUUUAUAUAUAAACUGCUAGAAAUUUAAAAAAAUAAAAAUAAAAAUGAAAAGAUAAGACAUCUUCCUCUUUCUAUUUUUUUUUUUUUUUUCGAUUUCUUUUUUUUUAAUAUUUAUAUGUGUGUGUGUAUACGAAGAGGUGGCGGAAAUAUAAGUUUUUUUUUUAGUUACAGACGUUCUCUUGACCAGAUGCCUUGGUGUUAAGAAU